CGUAUCCAUUUACGUUAUAGAAACGCAAGCUGGUUCUGCUAAGUUAGCUAGCUUGCUAACCAAUUUUGGUAGAUGUAUUUAGGUAGGUGGAUCAAAGCGACUUUAAUUGUGUUGCUCAAUUAAAAAGUUGUUUUAAAUAAGAAACGUAUCAGACGUAAACACUGAUACACUUGCAGCUAAAACAGCUUUAGGGUACGAGCACCAAAAUAAUUUUACGUGUUAGCUAUCCACUUGCUGUGCGAAUCAAGUGAAAUACAACUCUGUGCCAGUUAGCUUGCUGUACAAGUGGCUAAACUUAUCGCGCUCGUUCUACUGAAAUUAAGGUAACGUGGCAGAAGUUAGCUAAAGAUGGAGUUUGCUGCACUAUUCGCAAUUUCAUUAUUGAUAGGAGCCUUGAUUCUGCUCGUUGCCGUCGCAGUGGGCAAGCCGAAAGGGGAAACAAGUCAGAAAAAUGAAGAGAAAGAAGACACUACUGUAGAAGAGGACGGAAAUAAGGCACCUCCUUCAAAGAAACAGAAGCAGCCACAGCGUAUUCGCAAAGAGAAGACGCAGCAACACACGUUUACCCACCCCCUCCUUGCGUCAUCCCUGAAGAGUCACAGCGGCAAUGUCACUUGCCUGGACUUCAGCAGCAACGGGAAGUAUCUGGCCUCCUGCGCGGACGACCGCACGGUCCGGAUCUGGAGCACCAAGGACUUCCUGGAGCGUGACCACCGCUGCUUGCGCGCCAACGUGGAGCUGGACCACGCUACGUUCGUCCGCUUCAGCCCCGACUCGCGAGCCUUCAUCACCUGGCUGGCCAAUGCAGAGACCAUUCGAGUUUUCAAGAUGACCAAGAAAGAAGAUGGUUCCUUUAUCUUCAAAGCUGCACCUGAAGACUUCCCUGUGAGGCAUAAAGGAAUUGUCAUCAACAUUGGCAUUGCAGAAACGGGCAAGUUCAUCAUGACUGCGUCCAAUGACACCACCAUUCUGAUCUGGGACCUGAAGGGGGAGGUGCUGGCCUCCAUAAAUACCAACCAGAUGACCAACUCCUACGCAGCGAUCUCUCCCUGCGGAAGGUUUGUAGCGUCCUGCGGCUUCACUCCGGACGUGAAGGUGUGGGAGGUGUGUUUUGGAAAGAGCGGUGAGUUUAAGGAGGUGGUCCGUGCCUUUGACCUGAAAGGACAUUCGGCUGGCGUCCACUCUUUCGCCUUCUCCAAUGACUCCCGCAGAAUGGCAACGGUUUCCAAAGACGGGACGUGGAAGCUGUGGGACACGGACGUGGAGUACAAGAAGCAGCAGGACCCCUACCUGCUGCGCACGGCGCCCUGCCAGGCGACGGAGGGCAGCCGCAUCGCCCUGUCGCCGGACGCGCGGGUGGCGGCCGUCUCCAGCGGCUGCGGCGUGGCCAUGUUCAGCACGGCCACCGGCGCCCUGGAGGAGGACAUCCCCGCGGUGCACGGCGAGGAGAUCACGGACCUCCGCUUCGACGUCAACAGCCGCUUCCUGGCGUGCAGUGGCGACCGCGCCAUCCGCGUCUUCCACAACGUGCCGGGCUACCGCGCCGCCAUCCAGGACAUGCAGGCCAUGCUGAAGAAGGCCUCCAACGAGGGCAUGCGCCAGAGGCUACAGCAGCAGAUCCAGGACGCGCAGAGCGCAUUGGACAGUAUCUACACCGCAUCCAAAAACUGAGUCCCUCUGUCGGUGUGUGUGUGUGUGUCUCACUGCCUGUACUCAAGGAACUGUCUUAACACCCUCCGUUUGAAAUAAAUGGUAUAUGGUUGCUGGUUUUAAAAAAAAAAGAAUAAAUCAUGAUGUCUUUAUAAUA